AUGCCCCCAACCGAUGAAGAUGUGGCUUGGUUUCAGUCCACGUUUCAUCCCAUUCCAAAACCUUCUCUGCCAGAUGACUGCAUAGAAUAUUCAUUGUAUAUCAUCUCUCCUUCACUGGAUAGCAUCAAUGAUUCGGAACUCCGGCUGAGGCUCCGUGAUGUCCAGAAGCGUGCCGCUGACCUUCAGAAACAGUAUUUGAAAGAUUACAUCUGGCAAAGGCAGGGGCUUUCCUUGGAACUCAAUAAAGAAGAUGGCUUGAGCUUCUUACGUGGGCGAACUGAGUAUGGGGACUCGGUUGAGGAUGAAUGGGUCAUUGUAUGGGUUCUGAGGGAACUCACCAGGAUGUCCAAGGACAUAUGGGUCAAAGUCACCGACAGCGAUGGCGAAUUUCUUCUCAUCGAAGCGUCGGAAACACUCCCAGCAUGGCUGGAGCCGGAUGUUGCCGAAAAUCGCGUUUGGAUCAACGACGGCGAUCUGAAAAUCAUCAAACCGGCGAGCAAUGCACGAACUUCCAAGCGUACCGAAGAAAAGCUCGCGUUACGCGAGGCAAGGCAGAUCCUUCUCACCCAGCCAAAGCGCUUGAUGCAUUCAACCAUUAUGCAGGAAGAGGCCUUCUACCGGCUCCGCAAUUAUCCUAACCAGAUUGUCGACAAUAUGCACCAUGCUAUACUCUCUAUUCCACGAACAGUUGCAUUCUUACUCCAUCAGAAGCCUGCAUAUAUCGCCCCAGUUGUGGAAGCGUUCUAUCUUCGCGACCCAAUUGCGUUAAAACCUCUGCAGACGGUUGCAAAUCGAGACAAAAUGAAUCUCAAACCUGAAGAUUUUGUCACCGUAAGCGUCAAGUUCCCCAAGGUGUGCUACGCACAGCUCAAGUCCCAAGACUUCCCUCCUCCAGCAGUUUUCAACAACAUCUUGCCGUCAAGAACAGACCAGAAGCUCUGGCCUCAAGCCGAGUCCGGCAUGAAGGUCACAUGUGGGUUUGAAAUGCUUGUCACGGACUCCCAGUUCCAGGAUCGGCCGGCUGUUAGGGAGAUCAAGCUUCUUCUUGAAGACUUGGAAUCAGGUGAUGAAACACUUCCGACAGACAACGAUAUAGCCUCCUGGACUCUCAUUGAAGAUGAUGAAAAAUGGCUCGAUGUGAAUUUUGACGAUCUCGACAAUGAACUCAAGGGCUCGAAAGGCGCACAAGCUUCGAGCGGGAACGGAGCUGAGAAAAAGGGUGGAUUUGGUGACAAGGCGGCGCAGGAGAACCUCCGGCGGAUUGUCAGGCAGUUUGAAGAUUUCCUUAACGACGACAAAGCUGGGUUGGAUGGUGCGAACAUGUUCGACGACGACAGCAGCGUCGAGACCUCAGAUGAGGACGAAGAUGAUGAGGGCGAAGACAAAGAUGCGAGCUUCAGCGAAGACGAUUUUACAAAGAUGAUGCAGGAAAUGAUGGGUAUGCCGCCGGAAGUGAUGAAAGAAAUCAUGUCUGGCAAACUCGGGUCGGGCGCAACAGAUCCCGGGCAGCGGUCGAAUUUGCGGUCGCGCUCCAGUGGCAAGGCGCGUGUCGUUGAGACGACCGAGUCAGAGAGCGACGAUGAUCAAGGGGAUGAUGACAUGCAGACUUUUAUGAGACAGAUGGAAGCCGAACUCCGGCCAACCGGGGUGCUGGACCUUUCAUCAUCGUCCACGCACGCGGCGAUUGGCGAUUCUGUGUCUCAAACGUCCCCACCAAGACACGACGAGGAGGACGUGGUCAACGAGCUUUCCUCAGAUGAUGACGGUGACAAUGACAUCGACAUCAACCUUGCGAGGAAUCUGUUGGAGAGCUUGAAGUCGCAAGGUGGAACUUCUGGACCGGGCGGCAACCUAAUGGGAAUGCUAGGCCUGGGCAUGUUACCCAGAGACGAAGCUGACAUGUAUGAAGUUGAAGACGAUGAGGUUCAAGCGGGACCAAGCGACUCCUCAAAACGCGGCACAUGAAUAUUUGGCAUGCGACCACUAGCACCCAUUGAAUCGCUCCGGCAACGCUGUGAGAAAGGAGAUAUCGGGGGGCUCAAGCGACAAGCAAUCAAGCUGAAUGUAUCAAAUUAUUUAAUCUGGUGAAUCCUCAUAAGCGAGCACUCAGAUACCCAGAUUUUCCAUCAACAACACCAUACGCACCACCGCCCUUCCCAAACAUGGUCCUCAGAUCGCCCACGAUCUCGUUAGGGCGCUCCCAUGCUGCGAAAUGGCCGCCACUUGCAUGUUCUUUUUCGAACACGCAGUUCCCCACUGUCCUAGUCCAGGUGCUGCGCAAGACAGAAAUGUCGCGAGGAAAAUGGCUGAUGCCAACUUUAACUCCGGACUGCCACGCUCUAAGCUGCAAUCGGGUCAAUCGUUUGCCCCAGAAGCCACUACGGCCGGUCUCGUAGUAGAUUCGCACGUUGGCGGCUGGUCCAGCGGUGCUGAACCAGUAGAUACUGAU